GAUGCGAUAUUUGUACUUCCGGGUCGGCGGCCCUUCCUUUUCUGUCGUCCAUUUGUGGAGUACGUUUGUAGAAAACCUGCUCGCCUUACAACAUGCAGAACGACGCUGGUGAAUUUGUGGACCUCUACGUUCCACGUAAAUGCUCUGCUAGCAACAGAAUCAUCGGAGCCAAGGACCAUGCUUCUGUCCAGAUCAACAUAGCUGAGGUUGACAAGGUCACAGGACGCUUCAACGGGCAGUUCAAGACUUACGCAAUCUGUGGUGCCAUCCGGAGGAUGGGAGAGUCUGACGACUCCAUCCUCAGGCUGGCAAAGAACGACGGUGUUGUCGCCAAGUAAGAACUGCAUCAUGAAACGGCUGAAUGCAGUAGAGGAACAUUUGUUAAAUAAAAUGUGAGAAAAGCCAAA